AUGUCGUCGCCAACCUUUGCAGAGUCAUCCACUGGAGCUGUCAAUGCUCAGUCGAGCUCCGACGCACACCAGCCUCUACCUGACAGCCCUUUGAGUGCUGGCAUGGCUGACCAGCACGACACACUGCCCGCCCUCCCAGAAGUCAAGAAGCCCAAGGUGGUCGCCGCUAAAGUCUUCGCCAUCCCGGAGCUCCUUGAGAACAUUUUGCUGCUCGAGUCUGAGGAUGAUGCUCCUCAGUUUGCUUCCGAUCAGCUAUUCCCGCUUCAGAGGGUCAACAAGCUCUUCAUGAGUGUGAUCGGUAGAAGCACUCUGCUCCAGCAACGCAUGUUCCUCCGUGCAUAUCCCGCCGGAAGCUCCAAGAAGAGGUUCUUGUCGCCUGUGAAAUGGAUGAUGUUUUUUCUGAGGGACUUCGGCCACCGCAUCUUCAUCACCGGACGCGGCGAGACUCUUGAAUUCGGCGUCACUUGCCGCAAGGUCAUGGAGAGCUUGCCUUACACAGGCCCUUCGGAUUGGCUGCGGCCAGAUGCCUCAUGGCGUGGAAUGGUGAUCUACAACAAUAAGGGCGCUGUUCUCCGUGAUGUCACGGUCAAUUCCGAAGGUCACUUUGGCGAUAAUGAUAUCGACUGGGCCGAUUUCAACGAGAACAGCAGACUGGGUGACCUCGCUGAUUGGCUCAUUGAAACAUCGGACUGUCCCAACCACCGGAGCGACUACGAUGAAUACGAGUCGGAGGAGGAAGAUGAGGAGGGCGACGAGGAGAAUGGUGAGGAUAACAAUGAGGAGAGCAAUGAGGAGAGCAAUGAGAAGAGCGAUGGGAAGGACGAUGAGAACGACGAGGAAGACGGAAAUAAUGAAGAGGAAUAG